UAGGUCGGCUCAAGUCACUAUAUCAUUCGUGAUAAGUCAUUUCGCUAUCUUUGAAUCUUCGACUUUUCACAAGUAAUUAUUAUUGAAAAAAAUGCCAUGUGGUGACAUGAAAACCGGGUGUCUAUAUACCGAAACGGCAUGUACAGUGUGUACACAUGUUGUUACAAAGGUUAGAGCGUCAGGAACACACGCAUGCGCACAUAGACUUUGAUCACAAGGCGCGCAUAUCGACUUGACGCACAAUAUGGCGUCACACGAGGAUAAGUUUAUUGACAGUAUUCAGGAGAAUUUAAUAAACAACAAUAACAUUCACAGUGCAAAAUGGAUACCAUUGUCACUGACACUUGUCGAGUACCCCAAAGGAGACCUGGUAGGGCUUUUUUUGGCGCUCAUAAGUCUGAUGCCAUUCGCUAUUAUUGCUGGCUUUAUCACACUUAUCCUGUUCAGGAGGGAUUUACAUACAAUUUUCUAUUUCAUCGGUAUUUUAAUUAACGACGUCGUUGGAUUAAUUCUGAAGCAUACGAUAAAAGAACCAAGACCAAUGAGACGAGACGUGGUGUAUGUUGAAUAUGGCAUGCCCUCAGCUCAUGCCCAGUUCAUGUGGUUUUUCGCAGCAUACACAACAGCGUUUGUGUGUAUCAGGAUGCAUCACAACAGCAAUAGUACAGUCUCUGAAAAGUUCUGGAGAUGGACAAUAAUAGGGGGAUGUUUGUCUGUAGCAUCUCUCGUCACCUACAGUAGAAUUUACCUCCAUUAUCAUACUAUUUCACAAGUCCUGUGGGGAAUGGUGAUUGGUAUUACCAUGGGGGUCGUUUGGUUCUCCAUUAUUCAUCUAGUCUUCACACCUUAUUUUCCUGUUAUGGUGACAUGGAAAACAUCCGAAUACUUGCUUCUGCGUGACACAACUCUAAUUCCAAACGUCUUGUGGUUCGAAUACACGAAUAUCCGGACGGAAACACGAGCCAGAUCGCGAAAGCUCGUCUCCAUGAAGUCUCAAUGACGUCUAAUGGUCUCGCAAUGGUCUGAUACCAAAUAAAAAAUUACUUUCAUACAUCUAUUUGAUUUGACUGAACCUUGUUUCAAUCACUCUGUUUUUCCACUGAACAAUCAUUAGACAGUUCUCUCACUCCUUAAUUUUUUUUCUAUCUUGAGCCAUUAAAAUGGGUGCGCACGUUUUUUCAAUCAUUGUCUAGAUCUAAUCGUUGAUAAUUCUUGUAAUUUUUUUAUACUGCAUCGAUCGUUUGUUACCAGGGGAAAAUUUUGUAAAUUAUGCAUGAAGGCGAACAAUAUUCCUUUUUCCCUGAUCUGAAAAGUUUGAUGAAUAUUUUAUACGAAUAGUAAUGCUUCGAUAGUGAAAAUAGAAUCAUUCCAUUGAGUUAAAGAAUCAAAAUAGCCUCACGUUGUUUAAUGCUAUAAAUAAAUUGUGAUGAUUAUUCCCAUUUUGGUAAUAACUGCCCUUCAACUAUUGAGGUCAGUGCCCCAGGAUCGACUGUUUGCCUUCAGGGUGAAUAUGUUCUUUUUACAACUGAUUGAUUGAUUUGAUACUGACAAAUAAAGAUGAAUGAGCCAUUACAGAAAACGAGACCUGAA